GAGGAAAUUUCAAGUUUAUGGUGGGUACGGAUUGUGAUUGGUAUUUUUUGACCUUCUUGAUAUCAUUGUCGAAAAAAAGUAAACCGGUGUUCCUCACUUUUAAAUCAGUUUAAUACAUCAAAUUUCUUAAAACUACACCGGUUUACUAUUUAAUUAAGGGGAAAUAAAUAUAAAUCGGUUUGCGCUGACGAAUUUCUUGAUAGGAUAUUUCUAUACGCAGGACAGUUGUAAAGCUGCAUGCCUUAUCAUUUAAUACGUUACCAAAUUUAAUUUUCUUUAAUAUUUUUACAAACAUAUAACCAUACAAAACCUUGUUUCAAAAAAUUCGUUGGUACAGACUGGUGUAAAUUUCCUCUUGAAAAUUAUACCAGUGUGAAUUUGAGAAAUUUUUUGGAGUAACCGGUGUUAAAAUUAAUUAAUUUAAUUUGUCUGCUCCUUCACAUACAUAUGGUGCAAAUUAUUUACACCGGUUUCAUCCCCUCUCGAAAUAAUAAAUGAACAGAUAAGUGAUAAUAAUAAUAAUUUAAUUUAUAACAAUUAAUACCUAUUCAAAUUAAUUUAACUUAUUAGUGAAAAAUGGGAAGUGAAGUAAAGGUAAUACACUAAUAAUUUAAAUAAUUCAUACAUUUUAUGUAGGAUUAUCAUUGUUAAUUUUAGACAAUGGUAUGGAUACACCGAUUUCUAUCUUCGAAUAUCUAAAAUUAUGUAAAAUAAUGGAUAUCAAAUCCUAUUAAACUAGUAAAAAAUUUAUCAUUACACCGGUUUGUGCCAACAAAUUUCUAGAAAAUAACAACUUUAUAUUGAUACGUUAACGUCGUUAACAGAGAAUUAAAACUAAAUUACUUAUUAAAUAUGUACCUAAUAAACUGGAAAUAUAAUUUACCUUUCUAUUUAAGUAUCUAUUUACAUAUAAUUAUACAAAUUGUAUAUAUUUUUAAAUUAAUGAAUGAAAAAUUUUUAUGGUUAACAGCAAACACAAUAAAAUAUUUACCAUAGUUCAGUUUGAUUUCAUUUAAAUUUGAAAAAGUUAAAUUUAGGUUCAGUUUGACUUCAAAAAUCUGGGUUCAUAAUAUCACUAAUAAAUAAUUUAUAAAACUAACAAUGAAGUAACUUUGCACCAAAUAUUAUGUUUCUUCAACCUAAAAUAUACACUGUCACUUUAAUAGUUAUGAUAGAAUUUUACAAAUUUCAUAGAAGCAUUUGACAUUAUUGAGAAUUUUAAUUGAUUAUAGCUCUCAUACAUUAACGUUCAUUAACAUAUAAUAUAUAAAUAUUCCAAAUUUUUUUUACAUAAUUUAUCAUUAUUGAAUCAUAUAAUUGUAAUUUAAAAAGUAAUAAAAUUGUAUAUACUAAAUAAAUAAUAAAAUAAUGGUUUUUAUAAUGUAUAACAUAUUGAAAUAAUUUGAAAACAACAAUAUUUUCGACUGAUGAAUUUUAAUUAUAAGGGCAUUUUGAUUGAUUUUACUUUGAUGCUUUUUUUUUUUUUUAUUAAGAUAUUAAAAACAAAACAUUUAAUAUACAUCAAAAUUAAAUUUGUUACACAAUUGAUUAACUUUCCUCCUGUAAGCUUAUGCAGCUUGUGUUGGAGAUAAGGAGCUAUGAUUACUACUAAAUUUUUAUAUAUAAUAAAUAAGAACAUAGUGUAAAUAUAUUUCAAUUUAAAAAAAAAAAAAUUUAAAUACAUCUUGAAACAACUCAAAAAAUAUAUAAACUAGUUUAUUUUCUAAAUAACAAUGUUAAAGGAAAAUAAAUAAAUACAAACAAAUCAAAAAUAUGUGCUAUAGGUAUAGGUACAAUAAAUAAAAAAUAAUGAAAUAAAAUUGGGUUGUAUUACCGUAAAUCCUUAUCUAAUUCAAAGAAUAAAUAUUUGUAUGUUAGAUCUUUAAUAUUUACAAUUUCAUUACCAAGUAUUUUUUUUUUAAAGUCAUAGGGCAUAGAGUUAAAAGAAGUUGGACCCUGAAAGUCUAUAAAUUGCUGACCGAAAUUAGCAUAUUUAACAGUCAAAUCAUAUUUUUUCAUUUCCCUUUUGUUGAUUACCUCCUUUUGAUCGUUAUUUAAAUUAAAUUUCUUAACUAAAUACAUAAUUGCAAUUUUUUAUAUAUAAAAACCUUAUAGGCAAUACACCAAAUUCUUUAUAGUCAGUGUUUGUAGAUUCUUGCAGAGUAAAUUUAUUUAGACAAAUCCUAACUAUAUUAUUUUGAUUAAUUACUAAUGCAUUUAAGAUGCUAUCUCGAAGGCCUCCCCAUACUAAUAUGCCAUAUUGAAAGUUUAAUUGAUAAAGUGCAAAGUAAACUAUUUUCAUUGUUUGUUUUGGUACUAAGUUUUUAAGUUUAACCAUUUUAAAAGUAACGAAAUGUAGCUUCCCUAAUAAAUUGUUUAUAUGAAAAUUGCAUCUUAAGUUAAUAUCAACAAUAACACUUAAGUAUCAAAUUUUUUCAACUAUUUUAAUUAUUAAGCAGUUUUGUGAAUAACAAAUUUUAUUCUUUAUGCAGUCAUGAAUUACUAAGGUGUUGUAGUUAAAAGAUGUUUUAUUAAUAGAGAACGGCAUUAAAACAGUUUUAUCAACAUUUAAAGAUAGAUUUCUAACAUUUAAACUUUUUAUUAUCAGACUGAAACCUCUGCAGGCUUUAUCAUAUACACCAUCCCAUGGUUUAUGAGAGAAUAGAAGACAAGUGUGGCCAGCAUAGGUAAUUAUUUUCCCAUUAAAAUGAAUAGAACACAUUUCGUUAACAUAUAAUAUAAAUAGUAUCGGACUCAAUACACUACCUUGUGGUACUCCAUUUUUAAUUGCAUAUGUGCUACCAUUUGUUUUUGACUCCAUUGAUUUUAACUGUCUGCCUUCUAUUAUAUAAGUAGCUUUUAAACCAGUUUAGGCUCAAGUUAUUUAUUCCAAAACUCGGUAAUAUAUUUAAUAAAAUUUCAUGAUUUACCGAAUCAAAAGCCUUGGCUAGGUUUAAAAUAAUUGCUAUUGAUUUAUUGCUGUUAUCUAAAUUACUAUAUAAAAAUUGAGCAACUAUAUAAAGAGCAUUAUCAGUGCUUAAACCUGAUCUAAAGCCAAAUUAGUUUUUUGAUAAUAAUUUAUUUUUUUUUUAAAAAAUUCUAUUUGAUAAUUUUUUCAAAUAAUUUUGAAAAAUUGCUCAAUAUGAAUAUCAACCUAUAGUUGUUCAUACUUGAUUUAUUACCUCCUUUAAAUAAGGGUUUAACAUCUGCUACUUUUAAGGUUUCAGGAAAAAUAUUUUGAAUAAUACUUAAGUUAUAUAUAUAGGCAAGAAGAUGCACCACAAAUUUAUUAAUAUGUUUUAAAAUUUUGAUGGAUACUUUAUCUAAACCUGCAGCUGUAUCGCCUUUAAGGCUAUUAAUAAUAUCAAGUAAGUCCGAUGAUUUAAUUUUUUUUAGAAACAUCAUUAAACAAAACGUUUUUAUGAACAUGGUUUAUUCUUGAAAUGAUUGGUUUAUUUAAACUAUUCAGUGCGAUAUUUAUAAAGAAAUUAUUUAAUAUAUUAGAUGCAGUUAUUGGAUCAUUUUUUGCAUUUAUUUCACAGUCAUUAUUUUUUAGUUUGAUAAUAUCAUUAUUAGAACUCAAUUUAGAACCGAUAAUUUCACUUAUUAAUUUUCAUGUCAGUUUUGGAUUAGAACUUACAUUUCUAAAUUUGAUAGGUACAUUUGUAUUUGUUUUUUUAACAUGCAAUUUUAAUGUUUGAAAAUCCACAAUUUACCAAAAAGAAAUUUUAUCUGAUACAGAUUUAUCCAUGGGUAGAUUCAAAAGUGAAGUUUCAAUAGCAUGGUUGUGUACACAUGGAAGAGAAAUUAGUAAUAAAUAUAUUUCUCUAAUAUUUAUGUGCUUGUGUUUAUCUUGAAUAUCAUGUUUUAACCUUUCUAUUAACUGAAAAUUAAAAAUUAAUUAUUUAUUAAAUAUGUGUCUUAAAUUUAGUCUCUAAAAUUUGAAUAGCAUACAUGAAUGUUUUAAUGCAUCAGUAUAAUAUGUAUAAUUAUUAUUUAUAUAUAUUUAUUCAACCUGUUUUUUAACUAAACAGUUCUUUAAAAAUUAAAUAUUCUGGAAAACACUUCAAUUUAAUCAUAAUCAUGGUUGUUAGGCAAUUAAACUUUUUAGUAUUAUUUAAUGAAAAUCUACUAUUUGUUUGAAACGGGUGAUCAUUCAAUAUGAACCUAAGGAAGAUGUGUUAAUGUUUAUAUAAUUUAUUAGAAGUACAAGAAUAACUUAACAUUUCUACAAUUAUUAUUAGAUUUUCUAAAUGGUUCAUUUACACACUCAUAAUAUACAUGUUUUUCAAUAUUAAAUGGACUACCUAUAAUUCAAAUUGGAAAAUUUCCUCAUCCAAGUGAAAACCUGUAUUCAGAUUUGAUUUUUGAAUAUGACAAAAAAAUUUUUAAAUUAUUAAAUGACAAAAAUUUGAAUAAAUUACCAUCAUGUUUUCUUGCCUUUGCUACAACAAAACUAAAACCAAGUCCCAAUAACUGUUUGUGAAAUAAAUCAAAAUCAUUUGAUUCUCCUUUAAUAUCUGUUUUACUGAUUUUCGAUAAGUUCGUUUAUUAUAAUUUUUAAACAAUUCAAAUAUUUAGUAUUGUCCAUUGUUAUUUAUGUAAAAAAACUUAAUUUUUAAUAGGCCAAUAUAAAUAAAUAAAUAGAUGUUUGUCUAAAGCAGGAAUAUACAGUACUAGUAAUAGGAGACUAUAUAUAAGAAAGUAUAUUAUAUAUAGGUAAAUGGAACAAUACUGAGAACCACCGAGCUCUCUUAUCAAAUAUCGCUGGCAGAAUAUCCGUAUAUAUUUUAUUAUCAUAUAACUAUGAAUGUCGAAUUACAUUUUUAAUACCAUUAAUAUUUAUUAUAUCUAUCAACUCAUAAACUCAAAUUGUAUACUUAUUAUCCUGUACAGUAUAUUUUAAUUAUUAAAAGUUGAAAAUAUAUAAGAAUAGAAUACUUUAUUAUAUGUCUAUGGUCCAGCCAGAUAAUUACAGAUUGCUGAUAAAGUAAUCCGCUUGAUUACUUCCUCUCUAGGCGUUUCAGCGGUUUGCAGAUAUGCUAAUUUUAUGAGUACUCGAUAACGGUAAUUUAUGCACACGUAUCGUCGUAUUAUCAUAAUAAAAUAUAGAUAUAUUGACCAGUUAAACGAUGCUAUUUAGUAUAUACUUCAUAGAACAAAUUUUUUUUUUUCUUUUUCAGUGCCAACUCACUAUUAAUUAUAGGCUACAAUUGUAGUGUACAGCAAUUUGUAUACUUAUAUUUCUAACAGUAUUCUUGUUGAUUGAUUCGUAAGUAAAAUAAUUUAAACAAAUUGGUAGUAAAAUUUUUUUUAUAUGACUAAUUAUAAUUAAUAUUAUAUUGAAAAAAUGUUCAAGAAUUUAAUGAAUAAAAUAAAAAUACCAUUUUUGACUUACUCUAGACCAAAAUUUAUAAAAAUGUUUUCUAACAUCACAAGGCCACUUGAUGGUAAAACAGCAAUAGUCACUGCAUCUACUGAUGGGUAAAACUAAAAAAAUUUAUUAUUUAAAAUUUGUAAUUCUUUCUUUUAAACUUAAUCAAAUCUGAUUAUUGUCAUUUCAUUUAGAAUUGGCUUAGCUACUGCUCAUAAAUUAGCUUGUGAUGGAGCAUCUGUUAUGAUUAGUAGUAGAAGAAAACAUAAUGUUGAAAGAGCAUUAAGCAUACUUAAGAAAGAAUAUGGUGAUGAAAAGAUUCAAGGAGUAGUGUGCCAUGUAUCAAAUAAAGACGACAGAAAUAAUUUAAUCCAAGAGGUGAGUAAUUUUUAUUAUAAUACAAAACUUAUUUAAUUAAAAAAAAAAAAUUAACCUAAUUGAAAAUUUUGUUAGUUUUUACUCCAUUUUCAAGGUUCUUAUUAUUCAAAUAUCAAUUUUUAUUGUUUAGUAAAAUUAUUUAUUUUUAGACUAUUAAAUUAUUUGGUGGAAUUGAUAUAUUUGUGUCCAAUGCUGCAACAAACCCUACAUCAGGGUCAAUAUUAGAUGUAAGAAUUUUGUUAAAUUAAUAAAUGUAUUAUAAACUUUUAUUUGUAUUAUAUUAUGCAACUAUUACAUAUAAUAAUUUGUUAAUUAGUGCGAUGAAGAAAUAUGGGAUAAAAUAUUUGAUGUUAAUGUUAAAAGUGCAUUUUUUCUAACAAAAGAAAUAGUUCCACAUAUGAUUUCUAGGGGAGGAGGUUCAAUUGUAUAUGUUUCUUCGAUAGCCGGAAUCUCUCCAAUGCCAGUAAAACUAUACUAUUAAAUCAUAUAAUUACAUAAAGUCUAUAUAAUUACAUUAUAUAGGGUCAUAAUUUUUUGGUUACAGAUUAGAGAAGUUACGUUGUUUCCCAUAUUAGAUUUUGAGCAUAGCGAGCGAUUUUUAUUCAGAAAGUGCUCUAUUGAUAAAAUUGUAGACUAAACAGAAAUGCUUGAAACUUUAACAAGGGGUUCAUUAUAUGUCGUACUUUGAGUAAAAAAAAAAAAUUGAGCCUCUAAUGUAAUAAUUUUUCAUAAAGAAAUUUUAACAUCAAAUUUUGAUGUUUAAGUAAAAAAUUAUGUGGAAUAAAACUAGAUACUGGUCCAUGCAAAUUUUACAAUUCUUUUUAUGUUGAUCAUAUGUAUACUUACUGUCGAUUUAAGAAUGAUGGUGAAAUUUGAAUUGAGUAGACUGACUUAGUUUUGAAAUUAUAAAUUUUUGAAGUUCUAAUAUAUAGAUGUUAUAAAAUAUGUUAUGUUCAAUAACUCAAAUUGUUAAUUUCAUAGUAUGUAUGUCAUAGCUAGUGGUGGUAUGUAUUUGAUGUCUUCCCAAGGGUUGCAAUUUCAAAUCAGAGUUUUGUAAAAAAAUAAUUUGAGUUUAAUGUAGUAUUUCUUUUUUUCAUAAAUUUCAAAAUCAAAUUUUGACAAAAAUCUUAAAUAUUAUGGCAUUUCAAAACAUAACCGAACUUCCUUUUGAAUUGUUUUUUUAUCAAUGGUUAGGUUAGGUUGGUUACAGGUAUAAAUUAAAUAACUUUAUACAUCCUACCUUCCCCACUACCCACAUAAUAUAACAGUGGCCACACCUAGUGUCCCCACUAUCAGCUGUUUCCUUUUUUUUUUUUUUUUUUUUUUUUUGUAUUUUAUAACUAUGAGGUAUUGGCUGUAAUUGGUUGAUAUCAAUUUACAUUUUAUCUUGUUUACAUUACGUAUAACCCAAAUUACAAUAUAUUAAUAUAUUUAGACUUAAUAAUAGAUAGAUGUGGAUGAUGUUUUGUUAAAAGACCCUCUAUCAAGUUACAAUUUUUUAUAGAAAGCAAAAAAAAAAACUGUUGCAAAUUAACAGCAAAACAGUUUUUAAUGGUGUUUAUCAUGGAAAAUAUUAAAAUUACUCCUUGUAAUGGACACUGUACAUAAAGUAUACAUGCAUUGAAAGUGGUAUAUGCUCUUAAUAAAACACCAUUGAUGUUAUAAUGGUUUUUAAGCUGUUCCAGUGAAGGGUUGACAGAAUGGAGGAUGUAUUAUAAUGGAUAUGAUGCAACAACUGAAACAUAUGAGGGAUAUUUUUUUUCUUCAUGUGUAUGAUUUUGCAAUAAGUUAAUAGAAGUUUCUAUUUUUCUUGAGAUGUCUGAUGGUGAUGUUCAUUAAAAUCUGAAAUUUCUGGUUUUCAAACAAUUUUAUCUAUAGAGUACCUAUCAAUUAAAAAUUAUGUUAAGAACUAACAAAAUUAAAAUAUCUAAAAUGUUUUGAUAAUUUUACCAUGUAUAGAAAAGACAAAUUUAUGUAUUCUGUUUCUACCCAAAUUUUAAAUUUCAGACAAAAUAACAAAAUUGAAAAUAUUAAAUUUCAUACAUUUUUUUCCUGUUUUAUUCCAAUUCAAUAUGAAAUGACCCCUCUCCCUAAACUAUCAUCCUGAUAAAAUUUCCUUUCAGAAAUUGUGAUAUAUUUGAAAAUUGGAAUAAAAUUUCUGGUAGAAAAGUUACAGAAAAAAAAAAUUAACAUCAUUCUAAAACCAAUACAUUCCUUGCUCUGCUCAAAAUCUAAAAUGUUUAAAUUGUAUAAUACAGUUUGUGAUUCUUACCUAAAAGUUUCAAAAUGAUUAUAUUUAUUAUUUAAAUUGUGUGAAUAUUAGACAAAUAAAAAUAAAAAUAUAGUUAAAACUUACAUCAGUUUUUAAAUUUAUAUACAUGAUUUAUAGAUGUUGGGUGUAUAUUCAGUUAGUAAAACUGCACUUCUUGGACUAACGAAAGUAAUUGCAGCAGAUUUAGCAGAGAAAAAUAUAAGAGUUAAUUGUGUUGCUCCUGGAAUUGUAAAAACAAAAUUUGCUUCAAUAGUAAGUAUUAUUAAUUUAUUUAAAAUGUGUGUAAUUUAAUUAAAAAAUAAUUUUAAACAUAGGAGAUUAUAUGCAUAUUAAUUAAGAUAAAAACUUAAAAUAAUAUAUAAGUGCAAACAUUAAUUUGUAAUUAUAAACAAUUACUUUUCUAAUAUUUCUUCUCUGCAAACAUCUAGUUAUAAUUUAUUUGAUUUCAUUAUGUAAAUAAAUUGGGUUUAAUAUUUUUACAGUUAACUGAAAAUGAAUCACUCAGCAAAUAUAUAUUACAAACAGUACCAAUGAAGCGGUAAUUUUCAUCACUUAUGUAUAACAUGAACUGUAAUUUUUAAUUAUUUAAAAAAUUUUUUUUAGAUUUGGUAAAACAGACGAAAUUGGUUCUGUUAUUUCAUUUUUAUGUUCAAAUGCAUCAUCUUUUAUUACUGGGGAAGUUAUAGUAGCAUCUGGAGGCAUGACAUCCAGACUUUAAGUUUAUACUUCACUGCUUCAUUUAAAAAAAUAAUUAUGUUAACUAAAUUUUAUUUUGGUCUUAUUGCAGUUGGAGCAUAUUUUUUUUAAAUAUAUAGUUUA